UGUCCCUCUGGUGAGCAUAAACCUGCUGUCAAAUUUAAGUAUUGCUGUUUAUCAAUUUUUCACAGCCCUUUCAUAAUUUUAAAAUCCUCGAAAUUAGUCAACGGAUUUUAUCGAACGAUAAUGUCUGUGCACACAGUGUCAAUAAUUGUGGUUCAAUAUUCACUGGAUUAUGUAAUUAACCGGAUUGAAGGUUAGUGAGGUUAGGAGCUUCUAACCAUUUUCCAAUUCCUCGAAUUAUGAAUCGGAAAGGUACAGUUUCUUCUGGCUGAAGGGAUUGAUAUCAUCAGAACGCCCAUCGGGUUCUGAAAAGCUUUGUAAAAGUGAGCGGACAAAAAACGUUCCUAGUGUAGUUAAUCUCCGGGGAAAUAACCAGGUGAUCAUACAGAAUGUCAGAUUUCUAAGAAUGAUCUCCAACCCUUGAAAAAUGGCUGCAAUUCGUCAUACCCUUCAACGGGAGGUCUUCACCCCAAGCGACGAGAAACUGCUGAGCGUGUGUUUCGUCUCGAAAGCCUAUAAGAAGAAAAAAACGAGUUUUCUCUGCUUAGCAACGACGACAGACACCCCGGGCUCUCUUCUCCUGUACCAAGUCAAGAAGAAUGACAAGAACGUCUUCAAGAAGAAGCUGUCCUGGCUCCUCACCGAUAUCCAGACGGUGGAUGGUGUGAACAACGACUCGAUGGACAUGGAGUUGCACAUAGACAAGAUGUACAAAUGGUCAGCAACAACAGCCCAGGAACGUCGAACCUUCCUCAGUAAUCUCUACACGUACUCCUGCAGUCUCUCCCAACGGCCCGAGUUCAAGAACAUCCCUAAGGACUGGUUGAUCGACCCAACAGCCCUCAAGGAGAGUGACAGCAUCACCUUCACUCCAGAUCUACUGACUCCAGCAAUUUCCUCGGACUACCAACCAAUAACAGAGAAAGAAGCCUCAGACCUGGAGACACUCGUCUCAGGCUGCAACUACGCCAUCUCCAACGCAGAGCUCUUCAUGGAGACCCUCUCGAAGGACUUAUCCAUUCUGGAUGGUGAGAAUGUCCAGUCGGUUCUGGCAUCGGAGCCCCAGGUCACUCAGCUGAUGAACGGCAUCGAGGCUGCAAUUACUGAGGCCUCGAUUGUCGAGGCUCGUCUCACAGUCUACGACGAGGCCCUUGGUAGAAUCAGGGAGGUGAUGGCCAGAGUUGGUGAGAAGAAUCAGGCAAUACACACUGCCAAUCACAAUGCUCGACUCCUUCUUGAUCAACUGGACGCUGUAAUAACACAAUUAGACAUAUCAAAUCACUACCAGCAUAUUAUCAGUGAAGCUGAACUCCCUGGGGGACGGGAAGAGCUCUCAUUGGCAGGAGCAGCACUCUUGAAGGCGGUCUCUGCCCCUCUGCCACCAGGACUCGACAAGUUGUCUGCUGUCAGCGAGCAGAAGAGACGCCUCGACAAGCUCAGGGCCAAGUUUGCAUUGCUGGUGGCGAGGCACUUGAAUAAUCUCUUUAUUCACCUGGGGAAUGACAUCGGGGAGACCGGCGUCUCGAGCACCGAUCUCAUUCUUCCCACUCACUCGAUUGUACACAGGGAACUUGAACCCUAUACCGAGCUCAUGCAGCUUCUCAGGGCACUCGAUAAUAAAGCAUUCGCCCAGUUGAGUAAAGUUUACACUGGGACAAUGUCUAAAUUGUAUCAGAGGGACUUGAAACUCUUCUUCGAGGAGGCCAAGGGGAGACUAAUCAGCACGAGACCCCAGCACACGUCCAAGUCGAGUAAUCAGAAGGGAGAGGAUCUCAUUACACCGGCACCAAUGUGUCUAUUGAGUAAUGAGGUGUGGGCUCCUCAGGGUGAAGGCGCACUUCUAGAUUCUCUUCUUGAUCGAGCCCUGUCUCAGUUACAACCAGUGUGCCUUGCUGAGCAAGCAUUCUGCGUCACAUUCUUCCAGCUGGAUUUGGCACUGACUCCUUCCAAGAGUGGUGACGAAGAGAUGGAGAAUCAAAACAGUGGGGCUAUCUCACCGGGUUCAGUCACCUCCACUGCAAGUAAAAAGCUCGAGAGGCAGGUGAAUGAGGAAGUCAGGGCAACCAUGUCUGCUAUAUUUCCGAGUCUAGAGCCAGAGUUGAAUAAUUUUAUUUCCUUUCUGGAUAAGAUUGAUUCUUUCUGGUGUAUGUUUGUACUGGUCAGAUUGUCACAACACGUCAUGUCUGCCCAGGACACUGGAUCCUUCCUGUCGAUGACUUUUGCUUCUGCUCUGGUGCAAGUUAAGAGGGCCUUUGACAAGUUUAUGCAGGCACAACUACAAUCCAUUCAUGAUACUAAAGUCAAUAGAAGACACAAAUGUGGCAUUCUUCCAUAUGUUGAUAAUUUUGGACCCUUUGCCAGGGCUGGAGAAAAGAUAUUCAAGAAUUCUGAUAGAAAAGUUGAUCUCGAUAAAUGGUACACGAAACUCGUCGGGGCUAUGUUCGAGGGAAUCAGUGUUCAUAGCAGCGAACACCCCAAGACACCGCAGGAAGUCAUCAAGAUGGAGAAUUUUCAUCAUCUUUAUGAUUUGUUGAGUCAACUAAAAAUUUCGGUUUUGGAUCAGGAGAGGAAGGAGGCCAAGCAGAAAUAUCAGGAUGCGUUGAAGGCGUACGUGAUUCAGUACUUUGGAAGGCCGUUGGAGAAGUUGAAUUUGUUCUUCGAGGGGGUACAGGCCAAGGUCGGGGCCGGGGUCAAGGAAUCCGAGAUCAGUUACCAAAUGGCCUUCAGCAAACAGGAGCUCAGGAGAGUGGUCAGGGAAUAUCCCGCCAGAGAGGUGAAGAAGGGGCUGGAGAAUCUUUAUAGAAAAGUGGAGAAACACCUGUGUGAGGAGGAAAAUCUUCUGCAGGUGGUUUGGAGAGAAAUGCAAGGGGAAUUUAUAGCCCAGUAUAUUUACAUCGAGGAAUUGAUCCAGCGAUGUUAUCCAGACAGCAACGUGACCUUGGAAUUCACAAUUCAAGAUAUUCUAGAAUUUUUCUCGGAAAUAGCGAGAUCCCAUUAAAAAUGAUAAAUAAAAACCAAAAAUUAUGCAUUGGCUCUUCUCAAAUCACGUUACAAUACUCAUCACAUAAAGCAUUGUAAAUAAUUGGAAUUUAGUUUCUAUUGUACAUAAGGAAUGCAAUUAACAUGCAAAAAUUAUUUUCAUAAUUUUUCUUCUGUUCAUCUCGAUCACAAGUUUAUAGUGGGGGUGGAGUAAUAAAAGGAAAGAUAAUUGUUGACAUUAAUCUUGUUACUUGUUUUAAAUGAUUUACUGUAUACGAAUUACAGAGGGCAGACAAAAAUGCCAAUAAAACUUAUACGACUCAUGGA